UCGUUUCAUGAUCUGGAUAAUAUUAAUAUUCCUUCUGAAGAAGAAUGUCUUUAAGAGGCUAUUCAAUGAAAUAUACAGAAAUACUGGUAGCUAAUUGAUAUAUGGGCAAACCUCAGUGGGCAUUUUCUCCUUAGUUUUAACGGACUGGGGAACACGCGAAGUGCCAUGACCCUGAACAUGAGUAAAGCCUCGUGCUUUCUCCAAAAUCUGUCAGCUUCCUGCACCGCGUUGGCCUCAGCUUGCAGCGACAAUCCGGCAAAAAGGAAAGCUCUUCCGGCGAUGAAAAUAUCAGUGAGUAUUACUUUCCCAUUAUAACCCCAUUUGGGUUCUCUCAUCUUCAGUUGCAUCGCUAUAUAAAUAUAUGCUCCUCUGUUGCACAAGAUUAAGUAUUGUAGAACUGCAACUAGGAAAGUUUUUAAUCUUGGGUCGAUCAGGACCACCUAAGCCUAAAAAAAAAUUUAUUCCUGGUAUUUUAUACUGUUUUCGAUCGAAUUCACUUUUUCUAUGAGGUAGAAAGCUUAGACUUUUUGUACCAAAUGAGAAAGCUUAGACUUUGAAUGUUAAUAAUAGACUUUUCUGCUUUGUACUAUAGCUUGAAAGCUCAGCAUCUUAGUACAGACCACAUAGUCAACAAUCAAACUUAGAACCCAAGUUCAAUUGAACUACUACCUCUCCUUUAGGUAGGUUUUGGUGUUUUUGUUUUAUCAGAGCCAAACUACCAGAGAGUAGUCCUUGUGUUGCUAAAACUCGAUCAGUUGAGUUAAUUAGGAAAAAAAAUGAAGGUUGAAGUUGAAUUGAUCUCUGAGGAGAUUAUCAAACCUUCUUCUUCAACCCCUGAUGAUCUUCGCCAUUACCAGCUUUCCUUACUUGAUCAAUUAUCUCCUCCAGUCUAUAACCCUUUGAUCCUCUUCUAUGAAUUCAAUGACGAGGCCAUGCCUAGCAUUACUGAGAUAUCCAAUCACCUCAAGAGGUCCUUAGCCGAGGUUUUAACCCUUUUCUACCCAUUAGCGGGACGAAUCGUAGACAACAAGUAUGUAAAUUGCAAUGAUGAGGGUAUUCCCUAUGUUGAAGCUCGUGUUAAGUGUGAACUCUCUGAAGUUCUAAACAAUCCGGCCCCCGGUGAAUUCAGUAAGUUCAUGCCAUUUGAAAUAGAUAAAAUUGAUAAUAAGUGUCCUCUAGGUGUCCAGCUUAACAUCUUUGAAUGUGGAGGAUUUGCUAUUGGUCAUUGUAUUUCUCACAAGCUUGCAGAUGGAUUAUCUCAUUUCAUGUUCAGCAAAACUUGGGCUACCACUGCCCUUGGAGAUAAAACCAAAAUAGAGCAUCCAGAGUUUAUUUCAGCCGAACUCUUCCCACCAAGGGAUUUUACACCCUAUGAUGCAGGCCUUGGUGUCACAAAAUAUAAAGUAGUAAAGAGAUUUGUGUUUAGUGCCUCUUUGAUAGAGUCUCUUAGAGCAAGAUAUAGUGACAGUUUAGGCUUAGAAAGCCAGAAGCCCAUAUCUCGUGUUGAUGCUUUGUCGGCUUUCAUAUGGAGUCGAUAUGUGGCCAAUACCAAGGAUAUAGGACCUGCUGAGAAGUUGUACAUGGUUCUCCAUUCUGUGAACCUGCGUCCAAGGUUUGACCCCCCAUUGCCACAACACUCUUUUGGAAAUUUUUAUCGUGCUGCCAUGACAGCUCCUUUCGUAAGUAGGGGGAACGACUGCUAUGGUCUAGUGAUGAAGCAGGUACGAGAAGAAAUAGAAAAGAUUGACGACCACUACAUGAGGAGUCUACAACAAGGUGUUGGGCACUUGAGUGAGCUAAAUGAGAGUGUUGAUAGUGUUAUCAGCGGAGAGCUAAUUACAUUUAGCUUCAGUAGUUUCUGCAGGUUUCCUCUGUAUGAUAAUGAUUUUGGUUGGGGGAAGCCGAUAUGGGUAUCCUCACCACCAUUGACCUUCAAGAACCUAGUGGUUUUCAUGGAUACCAAAGAGGCUGAUGGUAUAGAGGCAUAUAUUAGUUUGGAGGAGGAAGUCAUGGCUAAGUUUGAAACUGAUAUCGAGUUUCUUGCUUAUGUGUCUCUAAGUGGGUGCUGAAAGCCUGAAGCUUUUGUGUUUGUCUGUGGAGAUAAUCAAUUGUUGCUGUGCAGCUGGCUAACAAGUUUAGCAAUAAAUGUGGCGGGAUUGCUAUUUUUCCCUUAUAUGUAAAAUUAUCAGUUUGAAUCACAUAAGUCUAACCAAAUUGUGGACUUCAUUUUUGGUUAUGAUGAACCUACCCAAACAGGGUUAUAUAUUAAUAUAUAGACCACGAUGCUGUAGCAUCCUUAUUCUCUAUCAAUGUCAAAGUAUCUCUAAACAUGCCAGUAAUGGAGAUAUCUCUCUAUCCACCACCUCAUGGCCUCUUUUUAUGGUCUUGCUGGUGCAAUUAGACUAUGUUAGG